AUGAAUCUUAGCAAGAGUGACAGUUUGCCAGUAGAUCGUGCCCUCGGUGUUCAGUGGAAUGUAGAAAAAGAUGAACUCAAAUUUAAAGUGAAAGUAAGUGAAAAACCAAUAACAAGACGCGGUAUCCUUUCCAUCGUCAGUUCCAUAUUUGAUCUCCUUGGACUGGUAGCACCAGUACCUCUACGUGCAAAGGCUAUAGUACAAAACCUAUGUAGACAGAAGCUUUCAUGGGACGAUCCUAUCCCUGAAAAAGAUACGUACGAGUGGAAACAAUGGUUAGAUACUCUUCCAUAUUUAGAAUCUGUCUCUGUGAGAAGAUGUUUUAAACCACAGGACUUUGGAACCUUAAAGAAUGCCCAGCUACAUGUAUUCUGCGACGGUUCUCAACUUGGUUACGGCGCAUGCGUGUACUUGAGAUUAAAAGAUGAAAAGAACCUGAUUUCAUGCUCUCUGGUUGCUGGAAAAUCACGACUAGCGCCAAUAAAACAGACAUCUAUUCCAAGACUUGAACUUUCAGGAGCAGUUGUCGCUUCCCGGCUUUAUACGCUAGUAGCAGACGAACUCGAAAUAAACAUUGACAGUUUGACAUUCUGGACAGAUUCUAUGAUUGUCCUUGGAUAUAUUAAAAACGAAACCCGGAGAUUCAAAACCUUUGUUGGAAAUAGGGUAAGUGAAAUUCAUGACGUGACGUCACGAGACCAAUGGAGACACGUAGAUACAGCUUCCAAUCCAGCAGACGUCGCUUCUAGAGGAAUGCAUGCCAGUGAUUUUAAGACAAUGAAAUUUUGGAUGCAUGGACCUGAAUUCCUUCAAAAAGAUGAAAGCCAUUGGCCAAGCCACCUAACUAAACCUGAAUUAGACGACGACGACACUGAGCUGAAAAAAGAGGUUGUCGUCAACACAACUAGUGCAGUUGAAUCCAUUCAAAGUAUAAUAGAUAGAUACUCCAGUUGGACGAAGCUGAGAAGGGCCGUUGCUUGGUUACUAAGAUAUAAGGUAUACUGCAGACGUAAACACUUAAACCACACCUUGGGACUGAAUGAAGGUGACUUGAGCACCAAUGAACUCAACAUGGCGGAACAUACCAUAUUAGCGUUGGUUCAACGUACGUCGUUUACCGAUGAGAGAAUAUAUCUACAAAAUGGGAAUUCUGUAAGAAAAGACAGUUGUUUAGCAUCUUUGAACCCGAUUAUACACCAUGACCUGAUCAGAGUACAAGGACGCUUACAAUGCGAAUAUCCAAGCAAAUAUCCAGUCGUAUUACCUAGCAAACACCAUGUAACAAAACUAAUAAUAAAACAUAUCCACGAACAUAAUGGUCACGUUGGAAAAGAGCAUGUACUUUCUAUGUCACGUGAGAAAUAUUGGAUUCUACACGGACCUAGCGCAGUGAAGAGUAUUUUGAGAGGUUGCAUCCCAUGCAGACGACAACAUAAACCGUUAAUGACCCAACAGAUGGCGCCCUUGCUAGACGAGCAGACGACACCGGAUAUGCCACCAUUUUCCCAUAUUGGAAUCGAUUAUUUCGGACCAUUUAUUGUGAAGACAGCUCGUGCACGAGAAAAACGUUAUGGUUGUAUUUUCACGUGCCUAACGUCGCGUGCGGUACAUUUUGAAAUUGCUCACAAUCUAUCUACUGAUUCCUUCAUAUCUGCCUUUCAACGCUUUCAAAGUCGACGUGGACGCCCACGGAAAGUCUUCAGUGAUAAUGGAACCAAUCUUGUUGGAGGUGAAACUGAACUACGAAAAUCAUUGCAGCUAUGGAACCAGUCCAAACUCAGUGGAUUUUUUGCUCAGAACGACAUUGAAUGGCAUUUCAACCCUCCGAAUGCAAGCCAUAUGGGAGGAGCAUGGGAACGUUUAAUUCGUUCUACUAGAGUUAUAUUGAAAUCUCUCGUCCGAGAACAACUACUUAACGACGAGCAGCUGCUUACAUUUAUGGCUGAAACUGAGAAAAUACUAAAUGACAGACCUUUGACACCCGUUAGCAGUGAUCCCAGAGACCCACCAGCAUUAACGCCGAGUAUGCUACUGCUAAUGAAAUCAAACCAGUGCUUACCUGUUGGUAUCUUUAAGAAGCAAGAUAUAUACGCAAAACGGUGGUGGAGACAAGUGCAGUAUCUCGCAGAUGUAUUUUGGAAACGAUGGUUGAGAGAAUACUUACCACUACUUCAGAAACGUCAGAAAUGGCAACGUAAAACUGUAAACCUGAAGAAAGAUGAUGUAGUUCUUGUUGCCGUUGACAACGUUCCCAGAGGACAGUGGCCACUAGCCCGAGUGGUUGACGUGAAUCUUGGUAGAGAUGGCCUAGUUAGAAGCUGUGUGAUCAGAACUAAAUCAGGUCAAUUAAUCAGGCCAGUUACUAAACUGUGUCUUCUUGAGGCUUCAAUGUAA